AUGUAACUACAUUAAAAUAAGAGUAGAAAAAGCAUUGAUGAUUAAGAAAUAGGAUAUAAGAAAUAACAAAGUACAAGAAAAUCGGUUGGAUAAACCAAGCUUAAUAGAAGUGUUUCAAAGGAUAAAGAAAAUCAUAAAGCAUAGACACAAUUGAAGACUAAAACAAAAAAUAUAAGUGAAACAUUCAAAUUAAAGGAUAUAUUAAAACGUAAAGAAUUUUAUAAAGGGAAUGAAGAAUAUGAAGAUAAUACUGUUACUCGAUCAACACCUUAAAAAACAGAAUGUUAAACAAGCAAUUCUAGAUUUAGUAAUUGUAAUUGUAAACAAGAAAUAAUUGAUGAUAAUUUGAAGUAAAUAAUUUAGAAAAUCAAAUUAGUUUAAAAUAAGAAAUAUUAGAACAUUUAGAGAAAAUACAAUGCAUAGUUCAAAAAAAUGAAAGAUUUAUGACUCAUAGAUCUUAAUAAGAAAUAAAACAUGAAAGCUUUAUAAAUUAAGACAAAUCUUCUAGGAAAUGUAUUAAUAAAGUUUCAGAAUAAGAUUAAUCAGAAAAUGUUCCAAAUACUAGCAAUAUUUGUAAUUUAAAUUAUAUCAUUCAACAACAAUAAUUUUAAAUAUCAAAUUUAAAGACUAAAUUAUUUUGUUAAGAAUAAAAAUUCUUAGAAAAGUAAUCAUAAUAUGAAUAAGAAGUGUUAUAAUUAAAAAAUCAAAUAUUAUAAUUAACAAGUGGGAUGGAUAUUUUGAAAGAGUAAAUACAUUAACAAUAAUUUUAAAGGUAAGUAAAUAUUUAAACAAAAAAAUGA